AUGACGUCGUAUCAUCUCGAGCUUUAUCUACCUUGGCAUUGCCUUCAAACAUCCAGCUCUCCAACCAUGACCCUAGUCUACACACCAGAAGGAGGUGGUGCAACUGAAGCCACAGCAACUCCAUCUUCCAAGCCAGACAACGACCAAAAACAACAACUCCCCGCAACGACCUCCGUAACCGCAACCGUAACCGCUCCAUCCUACUCCCCCAUAUACAGCGCCGCCCAGCCAGCCAGCAUGUCCUCCCUGCCUGCGGCCACAGAAUCUGUAAGGGGUCAGCAAGAGCCACAGACACAGCCGGAGUCACUUCCAGAACCAGAGCAUUCAACAUCCGUCUAUACGCCGUCCGAGACAACGAACCCGACACCAGCUACGACAACGAGCUCUUCGCCUCCGCCGCAGCCUGGAGCUGUUCCUGUUGCUGGCGCGCAGGGACAGGGCUUUGGAUACGGACAGAAAGAAGUGCAAGGACAGGGCGUUCCUCCGCCACCAAAAGUCGGAGAGGCUGUUGCACAGGGCGGUGUUGCUGAGGGUGCUACUCCUGCUGCGACUGCAACUGCGAGUCCGAACAUCAACCCGGGCAUCCAGUUUCCUACGCAGCCGUAUGGCUAUGGAUAUGGUUAUGCCUCCCAGCAACAGUACCCGCAAUUCCAACAACCACCCAACGCAACAACAACGCCCUACAACACCGUCUACCCUCGACACCCAUCAAUCUCGUACCAAACCCCUUACACCAUCCCCAACAACAACAACAUAAUGCAAGACGAGCUAGAUACCGGCGAAAAGGGACUUCUGGAUAUGGCGAAGGGGUGGAUGCAGACUGCGGGCGAGAAACUGAUACAGGUCGAGGCGGAGGUUUGGAGGAGGAUUAAUGAGGCUCAUGAUGGGGAGCAAUAG